CCGGCGCACCCGAUCGGCGCGGCGCCGGGCGGCCCGAACCCGAACCCGAACCCGAGCCCGAGCCCGGGAGGCGGAGGCGGGAGGAAGAGGCGGCGGCGGCGCGCGGAGACGUUAGCGACGGCCUCGGCAGCAUGUCAGCCGGUGGAGCGCCGGUUCCGCCGCCCCCGAACCCGGCCGUGUCGUUCCCGUCGCCCCGGGUCACCCUCCCCGCGGGCCCCGACAUCCUGCGGACCUACUCGGGCGCCUUCGUCUGCCUGGAGAUUCUAUUUGGAGGUCUUGUCUGGAUCUUGGUUGCUUCCUCCAACGUUCCUCUACCAUUGCUACAAGGAUGGGUCAUGUUUGUCUCGGUGACAGCCUUUUUCUUCUCCCUCCUCUUCCUGGUCGUGUUCCUCUCUGGUAUGGUGACUCAGAUCAAUGCCAACUGGAACUUCCUGGAUUUUGCCUACCAUUUUAUAGUGUUUGUCUUCUACUUCGGAGCCUUUUUAUUGGAAGCAGCAGCCACCUCCCUUCAUGACCUACAGUGCAACGCAACCAUGACUGUGCAGCCCCUCCUGAGUGACAACCAGUACAACAUCAACGUCGCGGCCACGAUUUUUGCCUUCAUGACGACAGCUUGCUAUGGUUGCAGUUUGGGUCUGGCUUUACGGAGAUGGCGGCCAUAACACUCCUUGGAAACUAACAAUUAUGUGUCAGUUUCCCGCAUCAACUCUGUAUGUGUGAUCCAUUUGGAUAGCAUUUUGUCCAAAUGAACAACAUUCUAUAAGUAAUUUGCUUGGUUGGGAGGAAUCUAAGUGAAGUUUUGUGUUUAUUUCAUGGAUGGGAUUUUAACUUUAUUAUAUAUUAGAGAAGUAGUCUUUUAUUUUACACCUAUCUCUUUAUUCCUAAAAAAGAAAGUUCUCCACUAUGUUCAUAAAAUACACAGAUACUUUUCGUGAAAAAAAUAGUAUCCCUUUUGUUUUGUUGCUAAAUCACCUGGCCCUUAAUAUUAGUAUCAUAAUAAGUAUCUUAACAUAUUUCAAACAGACUUCCCAUUGAAUGUCUGAUUUCAACAGGAAUGGGUGCACUUUUACAACAAAGUGGGCAUAUGGUACUUAUUUAAGCUUCACAGACCAUCUAGUCUUUGUCACAGCCAUUCACUUCUUCUGUGGCAACAUGGGAAAAGCUAUAGACAGUAUGUAAACUAGUAAGUGUUGAUGUGUCCUAAUAAAGCUUUACUUACAAAGAUAGUGGGAAGACAGAAUUUGGCCUACAGUCUAGUUUGUCAACUUCCGGUGUAAAAUUUUAGAUGACCUGUUUUGUUUUUGUUUUUUAUGAUGUAACUGAUCAUGAAAAAGUGUAUAAACCUCAUUAGACAAGCCACAUUGUAGGUAGUAUCAUUCUGCAAUAACACAUUUUUGUUAAUGAUCAAAUAAUUACCCUUUGAAGGGCAUAUACUUACUUUCUCAAGCUAAUUCCAGCAUGCAAUGGGUAUAGGAAAAGACAAUUUAUGAAGUGAACCCUAGUUGUUUAAUUAAACUAAUGAUAUCUUAACAGCUGUACAGGACUCUCCUUGGAGAGUUCUUAACACAGGAUCCUCCGAGACUGUUAAUCACUACUGGAACUGGAAUCUAGCUAUUUAUGUCUUACUUUGGUUUAUUUAUGCUUCGGAACAGUUGUUUGCCCUGUGCAUGAAUAGAUGAAUAUUUAUAUAUAUGAAGCUUUUCCAAAUAGAGCUCUCUAAAGAGGUAAUUUCUAAUUAACUUUCUGAGUUAAAUUUGAAUACACUAUUAAAUAUAACAUUAUUAAAUAUAAAUAUAAUAUAGAGAUUCUUCUAUGUUUUGAUAAUAGUCGAAAUGUGUACGAGGUUUGUUGUUGUUGUUGUGAUCUGAUGACAGAUAAACAAAAUAAGUUGAAAAGAGGAGCUAGCACAAAAACUUGUUUCUUGCCAAAUAGUACAGAGAACAAUUUUAACCCACUUGUAGAGGCCCUGGUAGUGGAAACGUACCAGAUGGCUUGAAUGGAAGAAUAAGUUGGGGUUAGGCUACAGUCUUCACACAAAACUGUCUACACAAGGUACUUCCUAUUGCCAUAACAGGGCUAUUUCU